UCUAAAUAACUGAUUGAAAAUUGACGAUGGAAGAUGACUUGGAAAACUACUUGGGAGAGCAAACACUACAAGAUUUGAAAAGACAAGCAGUAGAAGUAAAAAAGAAUGCUUAUGUGCCUUAUUCCCACUUUCCAGUUGGUGCUUGCAUAUGUGCCCAGUCUGGGCAACUUUAUUCGGGUUGUAACGUAGAGAACGCUUCUUAUGGUCUUUCGAUAUGCGCCGAAAGAACCGCAGUUGUAAAGGCUGUAAGUGAAGGCAAUACUUGUUUCCGUGCGAUAGCAAUAUCGACGGAUACAACAGGGGAGGUUUGGCCUUGUGGGGCUUGUAGACAGUUCCUUUCAGAGUUUGGAAAUUUUCCAGUCAUAUUUAUUGGACAUGAUGGCUCGAUAAGAGUGGAAAUGGUCAAUCACUUGUUGCCAAGAAACUUUUCAAAAGCAGAUUUGAAAACUGUGAAGGAUAAUAAAAUAUGAUUGUUCAUAUCACAGCAUGGUAGCCUUUUUGUUCAAUAUGAUGCUAAUAGAGCAAGCCAUUCUCACAUGUGGAUUGAAUAGAGCAAGAAAACUCACAACUAUUUA